AUGCUACCCAGGAUCUUGCGGUUUUUUGCUUCGUCGCUUAUCGACCCGGACGUGCGGCCACAUGACGGCUGGUUCUCCUUUGAAGGCGUCCCGCUGAAAUGGCACUAUCCGGUUGGGCUGCUGUAUGAUUUGUACGCAGGCGCGGAGCCGGUUACGUCCAAGUCUCCGUCGACACCCGGGCCGGAGCAUGAAAGCGGGCGGCAGACGACGCAUGGCGAGGAGAGCGACGAGCAUCCUGGGCUACCGUGGAGGCUGACGGUGCAUUUUCACGACUGGCCGGAGCAAGAUCUCAUCCGGCUCGACGCAGAGGGCAAAGUCCUCCACGACGCCUUCAUAAACAGCGUCAAGGAGGCCGAUUGCCUGCGAAACGGAACCGCAAAACGCAUCAUGGCGUUAUCCAAGGAAGACUCGUCGGGGUUAUGGAAAAGUGUCGAAGAGCUCGGCCCUCUCACCCCGAAAAUCCUCUAG